CGGAUACAGAAACAUCAAGCGAUGGCUUCUAUUAGGAAAAAGUUGGUCAUCGUUGGAGAUGGCGCAUGUGGGAAGACCUGUCUGCUCAUUGUCUUCAGUAAAGACCAGUUCCCAGAGGUGUAUGUCCCCACUGUAUUUGAAAACUAUGUGGCAGACAUUGAAGUGGAUAGCAAACAGGUCGAACUAGCACUUUGGGAUACAGCGGGUCAGGAAGACUACGACAGACUGAGGCCCCUCUCCUACCCUGACACGGAUGUUAUUCUCAUGUGUUUCUCUGUAGACAGCCCAGACAGUUUAGAGAACAUUCCAGAAAAGUGGACACCAGAAGUUAAACAUUUUUGCCCAAAUGUUCCCAUUAUCCUUGUGGGUAAUAAAAAAGAUCUGCGCAAUGAUGACCACACCAGACGGGAACUUGCAAAAAUGAAACAGGAACCGGUCAGAUAUGAAGCUGGCAAAGACAUGGCAAACCACAUCAGUGCCUAUGGCUACCAGGAGUGCUCUGCCAAAACCAAAGAUGGUGUGAGGGAAGUCUUUGAGAUGGCAACUCGAGCAGCUUUGCAGGCUAAGAAACGUGGCAAGAAAUCCACCUGCCUUUUGCUAUAA